ACAGUCACGUGUUCGGUACCAGGGGAAAAAAAACCCUAAAGGAGUCUCAUUUCUGGAUAGAGAAGAGAGAUAGACUCACACAGUUUUGAUUCGCGUGCUCUGUCUUAAGCUUGAAGGGGGGAGAACAUGGCGGACCAAGAAUCAGAUAAGAACAUUGAGAUUUGGAAGAUUAAGAAGCUAAUCAAAGGACUUGAAACCGCUAGAGGUAAUGGAACAAGUAUGAUCUCUCUUAUUAUGCCUCCUAGAGAUCAAGUAGCUCGUGUUACUAAGAUGCUUGCUGAUGAAUACGGAACCGCCUCAAACAUUAAGAGUCGAGUGAAUCGUCAAUCUGUUUUAUCUGCCAUUACUUCAGCUCAACAAAGAUUGAAGCUUUACAACAAAGUUCCUCCCAAUGGUCUUGUUCUGUAUACUGGAACCAUUGUUACUGAUGAUGGUAAAGAGAAGAAAGUGACGAUUGAUUUCGAGCCUUUUAAACCGAUUAAUGCUUCGUUGUAUCUGUGUGACAAUAAGUUUCAUACCGAGCCUUUGAAUGAGCUUUUGGAGUCUGAUGAUAAGUUUGGUUUCAUUGUUAUGGAUGGAAAUGGAACUCUGUUUGGUACUUUGAGUGGGAAUACUAGAGAGGUUCUUCACAAGUUCACUGUCGAUCUUCCUAAAAAGCACGGAAGAGGAGGACAAUCUGCGUUGCGUUUUGCUCGUCUUAGGAUGGAGAAGAGACAUAACUAUGUGAGGAAAACCGCGGAGCUUGCCACUCAGUUUUACAUUAAUCCAGCUACAAGUCAGCCUAAUGUCUCUGGUCUUAUACUUGCUGGUUCAGCGGAUUUCAAGACUGAGCUAAGUCAAUCAGAACUGUUUGAUCCUCGUCUUCAGGCUAAGAUAUUGAAUGUGGUUGAUGUUUCUUACGGAGGAGAGAAUGGUUUCAACCAAGCAAUUGAGCUGUCUGCUGAGAUUCUAUCUAAUGUGAAGUUCAUACAGGAAAAGAAAUUGAUUGGGAAGUACUUUGAGGAGAUCAGUCAAGACACUGGGAAAUAUGUUUUCGGUGUUGAGGAUACUUUAAAGGCUCUAGAAAUGGGUGCUGUUGAAACUCUUAUAGUGUGGGAGAAUCUAGAUAUCAAUAGGUAUGAGUUAAAGAACAACACGACCGGAGAAAUUGUGAUUAAGCAUUUGGGAAAAGAUCAAGAGAACAACCAAAGCAAUUUCCAUGAAGCAGAGACCAAUGCGGAGUUAGAGGUUCAGGAGAAGAUACCUCUGCUUGAAUGGUUUGCUAAUGAGUAUAAACGUUUCGGUUGUACACUUGAGUUUGUGACUAACAAGUCCCAAGAAGGAUCACAAUUUUGCAGAGGCUUUGGCGGAAUCGGUGGAUUGUUGCGAUACCAGCUUGAUAUGAGGACGUUCGACGAAUUAUCAGAUGGUGAUGUUUAUGAAGAUUCCGAUUAAGUAAGAGAAAAUGUGGUUUAAGAUCUGAAGAAGGAUUUGAAGUUUGGGGAAAAAAGAAAGACUCAGAACUUUUGUUUGUUUUACUUUGUCUCUCUCUAUUAUCUUCCAUUUUCAUGUUGCCUCUUCUUAAGUUUUUCUGAAACACUUUUGUUAAAAUGUAUGAAAAAUUUGAGCUUCUAUUUUGAAGACAUUUCUUAUUGGCUAA